UUCGUAUAAUUUCUUGAUAUCUAUGACCCCACGGCGAUCUUCAGAAUUGGAAAUUUCCCCACCUUCUCCAUUUCGUACGCCUGAAAAAUAUCCUACGGGUGGCGGUCAAAAUAGACGAAAAAAAUCUCGCGAAGAAAGAGACUCAUUUUUGUCCUCAAUUUUUGGGUCACAUUCUCGCCCUUCUUCUCCAAGUUAUGAUCCUACUCUACAAUCAAUGAAUAACUUAGCAGCUAGAUCAUCAAAAAGAGGUGGUCUUGUUCGAAAACUUUCCGCUGGAAACGUAAAGUCUGGUUUAUUAUUACCUGACGAUGACGAACCAAGGAGAAAAUCUUUUGAUUCCUUACAGCCUAAUAUGAAUACUCGGUAUGGUGACUUUCCUCCAGAAGAAAUAGCGCCAUUUGUUUACCAGACAACUAACCCAGCGGACAAUCGCAAAGGGUCUUUUACUACUUUGUCAAGUAAUUCCGAUACUAGUUCUUAUAGAAUAACUCAUCGAAGAACAAAGAGCUCCGAUAGUGAUUCCGCUUUGGACUCUAGUAGUGUAUACAGCAUUAUUCAUCCGAUAGGGAAAGAAAAAGAAAAGAGAACUAUAUUUUCAAGAUUGCUUGGUAGGAAAAAUCCCAAAGAUAAAGAAACUUCGACUUCCGAAGGCAUACAUCGUAAAAACUCUGAUGCAGAAACAUAUACUCAUUCUCAUCCGAAUUUAAUUAUAACUCCUUUCGAAAAGGAUGAUUUUGCCCCAACGACUCCGGGUUAUAGCAGAUCAACUUCAUUGACAGGAAAGAGUGAAAAAAGCGAUCACCACCCUUGGAGACUUAAAAAAGGAAAUUCGGGGAGAAGGAAGGAAACCACACAAAAUGAAUUUAACUUGGACAUAGAUGAUAUGGAUGGCAUCAUAAGAAAUGAUAACCGCGAACAUCGGCUCUCGGGUGUUUCUAUAACAUGUGACGAAAUGUUGCAAGAAUCUUCAAGUGAUUGGACAUUAACACCAACGGGUAAUGCUGAAAUGUGGUCACCACCAGAAUCAUGGGCUGUUCGUAAGCCACAACAACUCUUUUUAGAUAAUAAUAUUAUGGAUGAUACUAAUAAUGAAAAAUUAAAUAGUGAUAACAAAAUGUAUUGCAUUCGGAUAUUUCGACCUGACGCAACUUUUGGUACUGUUAAUUGUUUCUUGAACACACCAACAGCUGAACUAUGCCAUAUGCUAGGAAAGAAGUUUUUUAUUCAAGAUAUAUCAAAGUAUAAUCUAUAUGUAAAGAGGCAUAAUUUAGAACGCGUAUUAUUACCGAAAGAACGACCUUUAAAAUUACAAAAACAAUUGCUCGAGCAAGCGGGUUAUACGGAAAAUGAUAAAUUAGAUGAUCUUGGACGAGAAGAUAAUAGUUAUUUAUUUCGGUUUACUUUUCGAGAGACAACAGUUCCUAGAUUUGAGGAAGAACAAGGCGCUUUAUCUUCUAUACAGCAUGUAGAUCUUCAAGCUCGAAAUUUACAGACAAUUCCAAUAUUUCUCUAUCGUCAAGCAUAUUUUAUUCGUUCACUCAAUGUUUCUCAAAAUCUUAUGCUCGAUCUUCCUACAGACUUUAUACAAUCUUGUCAUCAGCUUAAGGAGUUACAUCUUUCUCAAAAUGAACUAGAACGUGUUCCUCAGUCUGUAAAGCAAUCUCAAAUGCUUUCAACCCUUAAUCUUAGUUCCAAUCGUUUACGAGAUCUCGACCAUACACAAUUGGAAAAUGUUACAGAGUUAACGAACUUGCAAGCUGAUAACAAUUUAUUAACAAGUUUACCCAAAUCAUUUGCGAAAUUUCGAUGUCUUAACAUUUUGAAUGUUGCCAACAAUUCAUUUACAGAAUUUCCUCCAGUAAUCUGCGAUAUUAUUUCUCUUUCAGAAUUAGAUCUUAGUUUUAACAAAAUAACAUCUGUACCAAUGGAAAUCGGUAACCUUGUGCACUUGAAGAGAUUAUUUUUGAUUGGAAAUCAAAUAACGGGUUCAUUACCCACAAGUUUCAGUAAUUUAACUAGUCUACAAAAAUUGGAUAUUCGUCGAAAUCAAUUAACUAAUAUUGACGUUUUAUCUUUAGUACCAAAUCUUCAAGUUCUUCUGAUAGAGUCAAAUAAUGUGAGCAUAGUAAAGUUAUCGUCUAGCUCAUUACAAAAGCUUAUUUUACCAAAAAAUAUGCUUACCCAGUUCUCACUCAUGGGAAUUGGAACUUCAAUAACUGACCUUUCACUAGCUUAUUCUAAACUAAUAGAAUUACCUGAUAAGUUGUUUGAAGACCUUGUAUCUUUAGAAAAGUUAGACCUAUCUAAUAAUCAGUUAACAAAGAUCCCAAAUUCAAUUGGUUCUUUGAAGAAACUAGCACAUUUUUCGUGUACAAACAAUACCCUUUCGGCACUUCCUAGUGAAAUAGGUUCUCUAACGGCCUUAAGGGUUUUGGACAUUCAUAACAAUAACCUUAGCUCACUCCCUCCGGAGAUUUGGUAUUGUGCAGGUUUAGUAACAUUAAAUGUGAGCUCAAAUCUUCUUGAGCAAUUUCCUAUGCGACCGACUUCAUUUCCAGACGUUAAUCAAUCCAAUUCAGUUCGCCCUAACUCAUGUCUUAGUAACGCCCUUCGUGCAUUAUAUCUUGGCGAUAACAGUUUAACUACCGAUAUUUUUUCUGCCAUUUCUUUAUUUAAUGAACUGAGAAUACUUAAUCUUUCAUUCAAUUUAUUGGAUGAGAUUCCUACUGGCGGUAUUGUAAAUCCUCAUCUAACAGAGUUAUAUCUUUCUGGAAAUGAAAUAUCGUCACUUCCCGAUGACAUUGAAAAAUUAACCAGCUUGAGAGUGUUACAUGUUAAUGGAAAUAAAUUGCAAACUUUACCCGCUGAACUGAGUAAGAUAAGGAAGUUGGUCGUGUUAGAUGUUGGAAAUAACGCGUUAAAAUAUAAUAUUGCAAAUUGGCACUUUGAGUGGAAUUGGAAUUGGAAUAUUGAACUCAAAUAUCUUAACCUAUCAGGGAAUAAACGGUUAAAGAUUAAACAUGCACUUUUUAACGAACUAAACCCUCCUCGAGAUCGUAAUCUUGCUGAUUUUGGUGCUUUAACACGACUUCGUGUGCUUGGUCUUAUGGAUAUUACUCUUUUAGAUUUGAUAGUUCCUGACGAAACAGAUAACCGUCGCGUCAGAACUUCUGGAUCCGAGGUCAACUCUAUGUCAUAUGGCAUGGCUGAUACUUUAGGUACAUCAGAUAAUUUAUCCACGUGGGAAGCUGUAAUUCCUAAAUUUCGUGGUCGUGAGGAUGAAUGCCUAUUUGGAUUGUUUGAAGGUCGUGCUGGUACAAAUAGAGGUGGUCGAGUUACUAAAUAUCUUCAUGACUACUUUCAAUUAUUUUUCAAAACUGAACUCGAAAAGUUAAAAGAUUUUGAUACAGUAGAAUCAGCAUUACGCCGUUCUUUCUUAAGUUUAAAUAAAGAACUUGGUCUCAAAGUGUUUAAUUCAAAUAAUACAACUAUGGAAUUGGAGUACGCAUGGGAAUCUGAAAGCGCUAAUUCUGUUGCGUUAGGGAUUGAUGAUAAUAAAUCUGGUGCUUCUGGCAUAGUAGUUUAUAUAUCUGGCAUGAUACUCUAUGUUGCUAAUAUAGGUGACACUAAAGCUGUUAUAGGCCGUAAUAAUGGCAACGCUUAUGAAGUUGCAAGUAAUCAAAGUAUAAUUUCUCCUAAUGAGAUAGAGAGAAUCAGAGAAGCAGGGGGGUUCAUAUCACAUGACUGUUUGGUAAAUGGAGAAGUUAAUGUUUCCCGAUCAUUUGGUCAUUUUCAUUUGACACCUAUCAUUAAUGCUAACCCUUCUAUAGAAAAAAUCAAUCUUUCAGAACAGGAUGAGUUUAUAAUAUUAGCUACUCAUGGUUUAUGGGAUCGUAUGAGUUACCAAACAGCAGUGGAUGUCACAAGGACUGAAAGAGAUGAUUUAAUGCGUGCCGCACAAAAAUUGCGUGAUUUUGCGAUAUCUUAUGGUGCUGAAGAAAAUAUCAUGGUAAUGAUUAUUGGAGUUGGCGAUUUGUUUGAUCAUCGGCGACGUCGACGUUUAGGUGACCUUGAAGGUAAAGGUUUAUUGCAAGGUAUGGGUGGUGAGGAAACAACAUUUUACUUUGGCAAUAGAACAAAACGUAGUCGAAGGGAUGAAAAUCCAAGCGAUUCUACUAUAGCAAGAUUGCAAAAAGAAAUUCCGCCACCAAUUGGACAGGUUUCUUUGGUUUUCACCGAUAUAAAGAAUUCCACUUUUCUUUGGGAAACUAUACCAGAUGCCAUGCGAUCUGCUAUUAAACAACAUAACACUAUAAUGCGUAGGCAAUUACGUAAUAUAGGCGGCUAUGAAGUUAAAACUGAAGGAGAUGCUUUUAUGGUCUCUUUUCCGGCUGUUUCAUCGGCUUUAUUAUGGUGUUUUACUGUUCAACUUGAACUUCUGAAUGUUGACUGGCCAAGAGAAAUCAUUGAUUCAGAAGAUGGUAAAAUAGUUUAUGGAGGGGCUGAUAAUGAUUUAAUUUACAAGGGAUUAUCGGUUAGAAUGGGAAUACAUUGGGGAUCUCCAGUGUGUGAACCUGAUAUAGUAACAAAAAGAAUGGAUUAUUUUGGUCCAAUGGUUAAUAGGGCAGCAAGGAUAUGUAAUAAUGCUGAUGGUGGACAAAUUUGUAUAAGUUCAGAUGUUGAGGCCGAAAUUGGAUUAUUACACGGUAUGAUGGAUGGAGGAGAUAAUGAUUCGAUUUUUUUAAAGAAACCCAAUGAUGAAGAGGUGCAAGGAACGUCAUUUCAGUCUAAUAAUGGUGUUUUAGAUAAAAAUCUCAUUCAUUUAAGGAAAUUGGGUUUUGUAAUGAGAAAAAUCGGAGAAAGAAAAUUGAAAGGAUUAGAAAAUCCCGAAGUCUUGUCUUUGGUUUAUCCGGAGGCACUCAAAGGUCGAAUGGAAGAGGACCUAGCAAGAGAUCGUAUUUCGAAAUUAUAUGAUCCUCAAGCUCCACAAUCAUUGAAUCCAGCAAUUGUAAAAAUGAUUGGACAAUUGUGUCUCCGUCUCGAGCGUCUGUCAUCAGGCAAUGUAAUUGUUCGAAAUCCACGAAAUUCAAGGUUAGAUCUAUUUUUAUCGGGUUUAUCAUACGUUAAAGAUAAUGCUACCGAAGAAGAGUUAUUAAAAAUUAUGGAAAGUUUAGUUACAAGAAUUGAGAAUUCAAUAUCAACACUGUCUCUUACUCAAUUUGCACUCGGAGAUAUGUCUAUAAUGGAUAUUGUUAAAGCAUUACAAAUGUAUGCUCAAUAUAUGGGUAAGGUAUAAUAAAAAAAAAGAGAUUAAUAAUAGGAUGUAAUAAUUAUUUGAGAAAGACAUUUUUUAUUUUAUCAUUUUUUUUUUUUAAAAAAAAAAAUUUAUCUAAUUUUAUUAUUAUUAUUUUGAUGGACUUUUUAAGUAA